AUGACCGGGGCCGCGAAGGCCUCUCCAUUCAUGGACACCCUCCUCGACAUCCCAGCACUGUCAGUGUACGCACAGGUGUACAACUUGACGGGAGGCAUCGUGCAGAUUAAUCUCAUGUUAUCCGAACGCUUCAGCUACGACUACGAACGUAACUAUACCUUUCUGGCCCCGACCAACGAUGCCUAUAUCUUGAUUGAGGCGCUCCCGUGGACGCACAUCAUCGAGGCGUGUCUUACAGCCUCCGACCUUGUCGGGCUGUCUGAGCGUGACAGUGAUGUCGGAGAUUCCCACCGCACUCGAGCUGUUUCAUACAUCCCAGCAGUUCAACCAGGUGUCCUCAUCAAGAUCGUGCAGAGGGCUACUAUAUCCACUUCAUAA